AUCUCACGUCACCGUGAACCAGGAACCAGGAAACUACUUCCCUCUUCUCUGGAAAAGACGAACACUUCGAGGUUGACUGCAACAUUUAGCUUCACAACUCAAGGAGAGGAGGCAGAUUCAAGGUGAAAAUGGCUUCCUGUUCAGAGAAGGAUCUUUUGUGUCCCAUCUGCCAUGACAUCUUCAAAGACCCUGUUGUCAUCUCAUGCAGCCACAGCUUUUGUAAAGUCUGUCUGCAGAGAUGGUGGAGAGAGAAGCAAAUACAGCUGUGUCCAGUUUGUAAGAGAAUAUCAUCAAAGGAUGAAACACUCUGUAACCUGGUGUUAAAGAACCUGUGCGAGGCCUUUGUGCAGGAGAGAGAACGGAGAGCUUCUACGAGGUCUGAGCCUCUCUGCAGUCUGCACUCUGAGAAACUGAAACUGUUCUGUCUGGAUCAUCAACAGCCAGUGUGUGUCGUCUGUAGAGACUCAAAAAUACACAGCAACCACAAAUUUAGACCAAUUGAUGAAGCUGCACAGGAUCACAGAGAGGAGCUACUGAAAACCUUGACGCCUGUACAGGAGAAACUGAAGAUCUUUGAAAAAGCCAAAGAAAACUGUGCACAAACAGCAAAUCACAUUAAGGUCCAGGCUCUGCAGACAGAGAGUCAGAUUAAGGAGCAGUUUAAGAAGCUUCACCAGUUUCUACAAGAGGAAGAGGAGGCCAGGAUCAAAGCUCUGAGGGAGGAAGAGGAGCAAAAAAGUAAAGCAGUGAAGGAGAUGAUAAAAAGUCUGAGCAGAGAGAUAGCAACUCUUUUACAAACAAUCAGAGCCACAGAGAAGGAGCUGAGAGCUGAAGACGUCUCAUUCCUGCUCAACUACAAGGCUGCAGUGGAAAGAGUGCAGCAGCGCCCCCUGAUGGAUGAUCCACAGAUGGUCUCAGGAGCUCUCAUAGAUGUGGCCAAACAUCUGGGCAACCUGUCCUUCAACAUCUGGAACAAGAUGAAGGAGAAGGUCUCCUACAGUCCUGUGAUUCUGGACCCAAACACUGCUCAUCCAGACCUUGUCCUGUCUGAAGAUCUGACCAGUGUGAGAUAUGAAAAGAAACAAAAGUUUCCCGAAAACCCAGAAAGGUUUGACCUCUAUCGCAUUGUCCUCGGCUCAGAGAGCUUUAACUCAGGGAUUCACAGCUGGGAUGUUGAAGUUGGAGACAGUACAGACUGGGUCCUGGGUGUGGCAACUGAGUCCGUCCAAAGGAAAGGAAACAUAAAGUCUGGAUUGUGGAGAGUUGGGUUAACCGAUGGUAAAUAUGUGGCAGCCUCUCCAUCAGAACCCCACAUCGUUCUCCCAGUGAAGAAUCUCCAGAAGAUCAGAAUUCAUCUGGACUGGGAUAGAGGGAAGCUUUUGUUCUCUGAUCCCAGUACCAACACACGCAUUCAUGCCUUCAUGCACACCUUCACUGAGAAGUUGUUUCCAUACUUCAGCAAUAAGAAAGAAAAACAACUUACUAUAGCUCCAGUGACAGUCUUUGCUACAGUGAAACACAUUAGUUAGUGAUGACAAUCGGGAGAUUUAACCGUAAUAGAUAAGAAUAGAUACUGUAGAUACAGGUUAAUUUAAGAUAUGUGUUAUUGAUUCUACUUGUAUUAACUUUGAAACGUUUGAAGCUUGCCAUUUUUAUUAACUUGGAUUUAUAACAACUACAGUGCAUUUCAAUAUUGAACUAAAUCAAGAAAUAAUAAUAUAUACAUACUACACGUAUUUAACACAUUUUCACACUAAUCCUGCAGUGUAACCCGCUUUUCCGUCAUUAAUAUGUAACUCCUUGACUUUUUCGUGUGGGUUGAGUGUUUUGACUGAUGCAUGAUACAAACAGGGCAAUGAAAUACAUUUGACUUGUCUUGUGAUUAAUUAUUAUCGAUGUUCAAAGGAUAAUUAGUGUUACAGCUGUUCUAUGUAUGAAUAUCUUGUGAUUUCAGCUUUUCAUACGACAAACAUUAGCAAUUACAGUAAGUAUUUGGGGGUUUGCUAACCAGAAGCUAAAGUUAUCUUAGCUAACUAAAUUUCAAAGAUUACAGAUUAUGGUUAGUGGUCUGUUCACAAAUAUCUAAUAUGUAAUCUUGCAUGGACUGUAGAAAGGAAUUGUGGAAGAAUUAACCAAAUAUGUAAAAAGUAUCAAAUUAGCUUAGUUUAAAAUUCUACUUAUGCUAAUAAGCCAACUGCUCAGCUAGCUACCUCUACCUCUGCAAACUAGCCAGUUUUGAGAGAUUUUUAUUCACAGGGAUCUAAUCAUUCAGUUCAUUGAAAAAUGAGGGGGAAAAAAUAUAAUGUGAACGGUAAAUUAAAGCAGAAAAGACCAAAUUUAUCUAAGAUGUUUUUGCUCAAACAACAACUGGGGAAACAGUUAAAUAAUCAUAACUUUAAAAUUUACACAGCAAAACAAAUAUUAGAAAAGUAUAAAAUUAAUUCACCGAGUUUUUUUAAACUAAUAAUAAAAGCUUUUUUUUGUUUUUGUUUUUGUUUUUUUACAAUAUUAGGACUUUAGCUAGCUAGACAGCUGAUGUGCUACUUUACUCUUGGCUAGGCUUGCUAGCUAAAGUGUAUAAACUAAAGCCACGUCAACUGUAUUUUUUAAAAUGGCAUUGAAAGAUUAGGAAAGAUAUUCAAUAAUAUUACAUCUAAAGUCCAAAUUCAGCAAACAAUCCAAUUGAUCAGCCAAACUGGAUGUUUACUUACAGCAGGUAAAAUAAGUAUUGAACACAUCACAAUUUUUCAUAGUAAACAUAUUUCUAAAGGUGCUAUUGACAUGUAAAAUAACAGAAGGGCUCUAUGUUUGGGAUCAUUGUCUUGCUGAAAUGUUCACCCUCGCUUCAUCGUCAUCAUUCUGGUAGAUGGCAGCAGAGUUUUCUCAAGAAUUUUCCCAUUCAUCCUCCGUUCAGUUAUAUGAAGUUUGCCAGUACCACAUGCAGAAAAACAGCCCCACACCAUGAUGUUCCCGCCUCUAAACUUCACUGUUGGUAUGGUGUUUUUGGGGUGAUGUGCAGUGCAUUUUGUCCUCCAAACAUGGUGUGUGUUAUGGCAUCCAAAGAGUUAAAUUUUGUUCUCAUCUGACCAGACUAUGUUCUCCCAGUAUUUUACAGGCUUGUCCAAAUGUUGUGCAGCAAAAUGAGCUUCAACAUGCUUUUUCUUCAGAAAUGCCUGAGUCUUGCGUGGUCUAGCGUGUACGCAGUCUAGCGUGCAUACGUGCCAUGGCCGUUGAGUGCAUUGCUCACUGUUCUCUUUGAAACAAUUUUACCUGCUAAUUCCAGGUCUUUCUGAAGCUCUCCACAAGUGGCUCUUGACUUUUGGACAACUCUUCUGAUAAUUGUUUUCACUCCUCUGUCAGAAAUCUUGUGAGGAGCACCUGGUCGUGGACGGUUUAUAGUUGAAUGAUGUUCUUUCCACUUCCAGUUCAUGGGCCCAACAGUGCUCACUGGAACAUUCAGAAGUUUAGAAAUCAAACAGUAAACAGUGCCAUCAGAAUAAUUUUGCAAGGGUGCAAAGGUCUUGAGAGAAUUCUUUGCUUUUACUCAUCAUGAGAUGUUUUUGUGUGACACCUUAGUAAUGACACACCUUUUUAUAGGCCAUCAGUUUGGACUGAACCAGCUGAUAUUCAUUUGCACUGACAAGGGGCAGGAUGGUUUUCUGAUCACUGAUAGAUUUCAGCUGGUGUCUUGGCUUUCCAUGCCUUUUUCCACCUCCCUUUCUGCAUGUGUUCAAUAAAUUUUCCCUCUGUCGUUUGACAUUAUUACACAUAACUUAAUUUCUGAACUUAUUUGUUUUGGAAAUGGGGAGAACACCAGAUACUCUCUUAUACUUUUACAACUUUGGCAUUUCAGUUGAACUAUCAGCAUAUUCAGACAUUAUUAUUUAUUAUUAUUCAUAAAGCUAAUAAAAAUAAAAUAAAACAAUAACUUAUGAUGAAUUCAUUAAGAUGUUAUCUUUUUCUCUAGCUCAGCUAGCUACCUCGAGAGAUUUUUAUUCACAGGGAUCUAAUCAUUCAGUUCAUUGAAAAAUGAGGGAAAAAAAAUAUAAAUGUGAAUGGUGAAUUAAAGCGGUGAAUUAUUAUUUAUUAUUAUUCAUAAAGCUAAUAAAAAUAAAAUAAAACAAAAACUUAUGUUGAAUUCAUUAA